CCAGCGAAACUGUCGGAUCAGUUGAGUUUUUAAUUCUCGCGCGGACGGUCGUUUACGGUGAUUUACAAGUCAAGUUGCACGCAAGAUGUUAAAUGGAAAAUUCUAUACGGGUCUGCCACCCGGCAUGAUCGAACGGGGCGCGACGCAACGUAAUCGCUUGCAAUCGAGUAUAUUCUGGCCGGACGAUACCAAAGUCGACUCGGCGUUGGAGACGCGCGUUAAACGACGCAAUAGCUUGCAGAUUGCACAGGCCGAAAGGCCACGACUGCACAUGCAAGCAUCGGUGAGCGGUGGCGGUGAUGCCGACAUAAAUACGCGACAAUUAUUCCAGAAGGAGUUUUCGAAAUCGUCAAUCGAGUUUUUGGAUAAUCUUGGUGAUGAAACGAAGGCGAGAAAGCCACUGCUCUUUAGAGGUCAAAGGAGUGCUGCUACCGAGGUGACUGCCAAACCGACAGCCAUGAAACUGCCACUGCCCGUGAAUGUGGUGAAUGCUGGUUAUACCACCGCCAAGAAGAAGCAAGCUUUCACAUCGAAAAUCGAAUUCUACGAUUAUGUGGGUGACGAAUUGAACAAUCGUAAUAAUUUAAGACGCGCCAAAAUGGAUAUGAACGACAAGAAGGAGAUGGAGCGGAACACGAAGAAUAGCCCCAAAUUGCAGGUGAAAAAUAAUAUGCGCGAUUUAAGCGCAAACGAGAAGCUAUAUCCUGCAGAGCGACGUGAGAAGGCAGAGAUUGGGAGAGUGGGUAACAAUAAUGUACAGGAUAAAGCGGAGAUACAACUAAAGAAUAAUAUGCGCGCAGAAACAGAGCACAGACCGCGGGAUGACUAUAUCGCUGAAGCAUUUGAUGAGGAAUACGAAGAUGUGCGACACAAUCCGCGAACAAGCGUCGAUCGUUUUAGAGAUGAACGCAUACGUGAACUGGACUUUUUGGAAAGUAGACGCACUGUAAGUCCAGAGCAUGUCCAUAGACGUGAGCAGCGCAUACAUGAAAUGUACGAAGAUGACUAUGCACCACCCAGCGGACGUUAUGGGCGUGUGCCGACAGUGCGUCGUUCCAACAGUGUUGGACGUUUCACGACACCACCUAAGCGCAUACUAAAGCAACCCAUAAGAACGCGCAGGCAUUAUGAGGAUUAUGCAGAUGUUGGUUAUAGAAGUAAUGAGCUCAAUAGAGGCGGUGAAGGUUUUAGGCGCAGGAAUGUGUAUGAGCGGGAGGCAUAUAACGAGCACGAUACUGAGGAAAAUUUGGAUUACAUGGUGGACCGCAUGAGAAAUAUGCGCGUUCGCACAUCACCGAAAAAACAUGUCACCUACAGCGAUGACACCUACUCUCACGACGACGAAAUGCCAAGUCAGUCACGACGUCCGCUUGCGCAGUCGCGCAACCGCGCGCCACUUCCACUAAAAACAGCAACAAAUAUGCGCAGCGGAAGCAACAAUCUGCAACGUCAACAACCAGCGUUGCGCCGCUACAAUAGCGAAAUAGAUAUCGUCGAUGAUGCUAAUGAGACGUUGGAGCAGAAAUUUAUGGAAAAUGACAUACGCGGUUGUGCAACAACAAUCAAGUCAUUAAACAGCAUUACAUCUGGUAGUUACAACAACAAGAGCAAUAACAACAGCCAGAGCAUGGAGGAUGAGGAGCACAAUCGCGUGGUCAAUAAAAUAAAUAACAACAAAAACAAUAAUUACAAUACAACAACAAGUCGUCUUAACAAUCAAACUAUCGCAUCAGCUGCACGGAAAAUCACACCAAAUACGCCAACAGCCGCGACAACAAAGCAAAACACCGCCAUGCGGAGCGCAACACCAGAAGCAGCGGGCGCAGGCGCAGGCGCGGGUGCGGAUGCCAAAAGGCAUUUGCGCAGCAACCUCUGUUUCCACAAUGGCGAGAUCAUUGCGAGCGAUGCUGACGGUUCGACGUCCGUAAAGGCACCCACGCGCAAUGCGCGCAGCACUGCGACGCGUCAGCGCGUCAGUGUGGGUCUGCCUGACUAACAGCUGACUUGGCGCUGAGCUAAGCUGAGCAGCGGCGAUGCUGCUGUAGUGAAUAACGCGCGAUUGGUGAAUGGCUCGUUGCGCUCGUACUUGUGUUUUGAGCGCGCGUUCGCUAAUACAAUGAUCAUUCAUAAUAUGAGACAUGCCAACGUGUAGUUUGCUGUUUUUUUGUUUGAAUCUUAAAAUGUUCGAAUUUUUAAAUGGAAAAUUAACAAAGUGACUUCAGAAACUGUAUAGCAUAUACAGA